AUGAUUAAUGCAGAGCCUAAUACCACAGAUUAUGCAUAUGAGACAGACUAUCUUUUUCUAAUUGCACAACCAUGUUCUAAGGGGGAAGUCAGAAACUUCACAAAAGUAUUUCUGCCAGUUGCAUAUUCGUUGAUUUGUGUCGUCGGCCUAGUUGGUAACAUCUUUGUAGUGAUGACCUUCGCUUUAUAUGAGAGAACCAAGUCCAUGACGGAUGUGUACCUCUUCAAUAUGGCAAUAGCGGACAUACUGUUUGUUCUCACUCUCCCACUAUGGGCAGUGAAUUAUGCUGCUGACAAAUGGAUUUUCGGUGAUUUCGUUUGCAAAAUGAGCAGAGGUAUCUAUGCAAUCAACUUCAACUGUGGUAUGCUGCUUUUGGCCUUUAUCAGUGUGGACCGGUACAUAGCUAUUGUGCAGGCAACAAAGUCAUUUAAACUCAGGGCAAGAACGCUGGCACACAGUAAACUGAUUUGUUUGGUUGUAUGGAUAGCAUCAGUUUUAAUCUCCAGUUCCUCUUUCCUAUACAGUGAAAGUUACACCUUCUCCAUCAAUGAAACCAAACAGAUUUGUGAUCACAGAUCUGAAAAAACAUCCAAAAGCACUAUGCUGAAAUUACUGCUGCUGAUUCUGCAGCUUGUAUUUGGCUUUUUUAUUCCUUUCAUGUUCAUGAUUUUUUGCUAUACAUUCAUUGUCAAAUCCUUACAACAAGCUCAAAAUUCCAAAAGAAACAAAGCAAUCCGUGUGAUUGUAUUAAUUGUAGUAGUUUUUCUAGUUUGCCAGGUACCCCAUAACAUCGUUCUUCUUGUGACAGCAACAAAUCUGAGCAAGAUGAACAGAUCUUGUGACAGUGAAAAGAAAAUAGCUUACGCAAAAUACACCACAGAAGCCCUAGCAUUCUUACACUGUUGCUUAAACCCCGUGCUCUAUGCAUUUAUUGGAGUGAAGUUUAGAAAUUACUUUGUGAAGAUAAUGAAAGAUCUGUGGUGCAUGAGAUACAACAAAUACAACAGCCGUAGUUCAAGGACAAACUCUGAUACUUACCAUUCAAGACAGACUAGUGAAAUUCUGAGUGAUAAUGUAUCUUCUUUCACUAUAUAA